CGCGUCUUUUGAACUGCUUUCAUUAUGCAGAGGAACAACAGCAGAGCACGUUUAUGUAUCAGAAUCUGCAUUUAUUAUUAUUAUUAUUAUUAUUAAAAGUAGUGAAAAUGAAGCUUCUCUUUAUUUCGAUCUUGUUGUUUUUGUGUUUACGUAUGAAUGGUGUGUCUGGUGUUGGAACAGUUGAAGUGUCUGUGAAGGAGGGAGAUUCAGUCACUCUACACACUGGUGUUCAAACAAACCAACAAGAUGAUAUUAAAUGGUAUUUUAAUAACACUCGCAUCGCUCAAAUAAUUGGAGAUCUCAGUGAGAGCUGUACAGAUGUUCAGUGUAAUGAAGGUACUAAGAGAUUCAGAGACAGACUGAAGCUGGAUCAUCAGACUGGAUCUCUGACCAUCACAAACACCAGAAACACAGACUCUGGAGAAUAUAAACUACAGAUCAUCAGCAGCAGGAUCAGAGAAAAGAUCUUCAAUGUUACUGUCCGUGGUGUUUCUGCUGUUGAACGAGAUGAAGUGAAGACAGUGAAGGAGGGAGAAUCUGUUACUUUAGAUCCUGGUGUAAUAAAAAACCCAUUUGAUUUGAUGUGGUAUUUUAAUGACAUUCUCAUCGCUGAAAUCACUGGAGAUCAGAGUAAGAUCUGUACAGAUGAUCAGUGUGAAGAGAGAUUCAGAGACAGACUGAAGCUGGAUCAUCAGACUGGAUCACUGACCAUCAUAACCACCAGAAACACUGACUCUGGAGAAUAUCAGGUACUGAUCACCAGCAGCAACAUUCCCCAUCGCCACCUCAGCAUCAGCAGCAUCAGGAGAUUCAGUGUUACUGUAACUGAUUCAGGUUUGUGUUCAGGUGCUGUAGCAGGAAUAAGUGUUGCUGUUGUUGUUGUUCUGCUGCUGGCUGCAGCUGCUGUUGGUGUGAUUUACUGUCACCGCAAGAUCUAUACACCUGCAGAACAGAUUGUCCUGUUUGGUAAGCAGAACACCCGAACCAUUAUCUGACAGCAACACUCAUUUUAUUCUGUACCUGACCCGUUAGAUCUGAAGACUGUGACCCGCACCCCCAUGGUCACCCAGUUUUAUUGUGUCUGGAGCACUUCCAACAUACUGACGAGGACAUGAAAGGUUCAGUAGAUUAUUUGCUCUAAAUAAAUGGUUCAUGUCAUGGUGUAAUGAACAGAAACUGCUCUUUGUAAAUAAUUGGAACCUUUUCUGGGAGCAACUUCUGUGCUGAUGGCCUGCACUCCAGCAGAAUCGGAGAGGAUCUUCUGUUGGACAACAUCUCCAUAAUGCUUCGCAUCAUAGUAAGUCAAUCCUCAAAUCACAGUCUUUGUUCUACCCUCUUAUGAAGACUUCAGAUGACCAGCAAAUUUGAAGAUAUGACACCAACUCCUGCGAGGACUUGAGAUGAAGCAAACACUAAAUCAACAUGCACCAAUGUUCAAUUUUCCAUAUAUUGUAAUCAUUAUGUCCCAGCUUGUAAUAAUUACUUAAAUGAGCUCAUUAUUUCUGCCUUAAGUUAUACAUUGUUAGCUAACUGCGUUAGCUUCUGAAAUACAUUACUUGGACACAAUCACCUCUGAUAAUAGAUCACUCUAAAUAGUAAUGUAGACACAUGCAUUUUCUGUAAAGCUGUUUUGAAACUGUGUAUUGUGAAAAGCGCUGUACAGAUAAGUGUGAAUUGAACUGAAUUCAAUUGACUAUAUCAGGCAGACAAAAAUUAUUUAUUUUCUCAUGUAACAAUUAAUUUGAGAAGCUGUAGGGGGAGAGUGCCGUGUUUUUGUAGGCCAAAAGGCUAUGACUUUUUCUCCUGUUUAUUGGACAGAUAAGGAAUAUGUUUUGUUUCUUUUAUUUGAUUCAUAGGGAAGUUUGUUUAUUGUUUUGGCAUUAGCUCACCCCUGAAGAUUUUGCUUCCAAAUUUUAUUUUUUACACAAAUAGUUUUUUACAAAACAAGAAAAACAAACAAGAGAACAAGAAAAUAAAAUAAAAAUGGGUAAUUAAGA